AUGCUCAAAGAAGAAAGUAAACUGGACGAGAGGAAUAAAGAUAGUCUGGUAUCAGUAGAUAGUCCUUGCAUCAGCAUCCCGAUGGUCCCCUCAAACCUUGAAAGUAAUAAAUUGGAACCAAAAGAAGAGGUUAAAAAUAAAAAGUCCAAUGUAAAAGCUUUGCUAGAGGAAGUACUCACAGAUUAUGACACCUUGUCCUGGAAAGUAAAUCAGGAAAAAGAAAUAAAACCAUAUACGAGUGCUGCUUUGGAACCUGAAGAUCUAGUCUUGGAUUUGACUGAGAAUUAUUCUUUUAAAAAGGAUGAACAACUUGGAAUCAAAAAAGAUGAACAUAUCAGAAUAGAAAAAGUCGAGAGCUACCUUGUGGAUAGUGUUCUAGUUGAAGGAUUAGAAGGUUAUUCGAAUUCUGAUGAUAAUGUUGACACAGCACUCAAAAAGAUACAUAGGAGGAACAGCAAGCCCAAGAUUGUUAUCGAUUGUGAAAGUCUUCAUGAAGCUUGUAAGAAAUGGAAAGAAAAGUCACGUGAUCAAAGACCUAGAGGUGAAAAAAAUGGAAUUGUCAAGGUUACUGUGUACAACACUAAACUAACACAAGUAUUCCCGCUAAACCCUGGAAUAGUAAACUCGGUUUUGAAUGAUGGACCUAAGGGAAAAAAGAAGCAGAG